CGCGGAGGAGGCGCCGGGGCUGCGGCCGGGCCUGGGUGAAUUUGCGUGGUUUUGUGUGGGUUUUUAAAUGUUUUUUUGGAAAAAGUUUGGGCUCUGCUCGAGUCUUCGGCCGGAUCCUGGAAGAAUAAUUGAAAUGUCGCCUGUGAAACCAGCGAAAUCCUCUCCUGUUGUUCGCCCCGCGGAUCUGCGCCUGGAGUAAUUUUCUGUGCGGGUUUGGGACCCGGAGUGGAGUAAAAAUGCCUGAGAUCAAAGUCACCCCCUUGGGUGCCGGGCAGGACGUGGGCAGGAGCUGCAUCCUGCUGUCCAUCGCCGGCAAGAACGUGAUGCUGGACUGUGGCAUGCACAUGGGCUACAACGAUGAUAGGCGCUUCCCUGACUUCUCCUACAUCACCCAGAACGGAAGGCUGACGGAUUUCCUGGACUGUGUCAUCAUCAGCCACUUCCACCUGGACCACUGUGGGGCUCUGCCCUAUUUCAGUGAGAUGGUUGGCUAUGAUGGCCCCAUCUACAUGACCCACCCCACCAAGGCCAUCUGCCCCAUCCUGCUGGAGGACUACAGGAAGAUCACCGUGGACAAGAAAGGGGAAACCAACUUCUUCACCUCGCAGAUGAUCAAAGACUGCAUGAAGAAGGUGGUGGCUGUGCACCUGCACCAGACCGUGCAGGUGGACGAGGAGCUGGAGAUCAAGGCUUACUACGCGGGCCACGUGCUGGGAGCUGCCAUGUUCCACAUCAAGGUUGGCUGUGAGUCCGUGCUCUACACCGUGAGUGUCACGCAGGGAGGAACACUUCUUCCCCUCUUUAUCUCUAAAUAUUCCCAGACACCUACAUUUUUUAUAUAUUUGUCUAUAUAUAUAU